AUGCUCCUUUCUGCAGCCAAUCGCAGCCUCGAGCUCCAGAGCCAUCCGGGCCAGCAUCCGGGCGGGCGGGCUCCGGACCCCAGCGGCGCGGUGCUCCUCCUCAUACUGGCCAAGACGCUGCUGAACCUCCUGAUGAGCGCGCUGGGCAGGAGGAGCCCCUCCCCGCGCUUCCUGGAGUGCUUCUGCGCGUCCGUGGCCUGCGCGGACUUCCUGCUCCUGGCCAGCCUCUCUGCCAUCGGCCACUUCCAGGACUUCGCCCUGUGGGGCAUGAGGUUCACCAAGUACCACAUCUGCCUGUUCCCUCAAGUCCUGUCCUUCACCUACGGCGUCCUGCCUUGCCCCGUCUUCCUUCUGGCCGGCCUGGACCACUACCUGAGCGCGGCCCGCGCGGCCCCCGCGGCCGAGGCCUCUGUGCGGUGGCGCCGCGUCUUCUACUUCCUCUGCGUCCUCUUCGUGUGGACGGCGGCGCUCGCCUACGUCUUGGGGGACCCGGUGAUCUACGCGAGUCUGAGCCGGGGCGGCCUCCCCGCGCACCGGUGCCCGUUCUACGCCAGCGCCCAGAGCUACUGGCUGGCGGUGUUCAUGCUCGGCGUCCUCCUGCUGGCCUUGGCAGCGUGCUGGUGCCAAGUGGUGGCGCUGGUCCGCUCCGUUCAGAUCACGAGCUUCGGGAAGGAGCCGGCCCUGUACUUCCCGCAGGCCCCCGCCUGGGACCGCCCGAGCGGCUCUAGCAAGCCGCUCCUGGCCAGGCUGCUGGUGUGCUUCCUCGGAACGUGGCUCCCCUUCGUCCUCCUGCAGACCAGCCUCCUGUGCCUGGACGUGCGGGUCCCGGCCUACAUGGAGCUCAACGUGCCCUGGCUGUACUUCGUGAACAGCUUCCUCGUGGCUGCCGUUUCCUGGUGUAGGAGGCACGAGCCGGAGGGGGCCGAAAGCGCUUGGCGCGCGGACCCUUUUGUCAGCUGGAAAUUCUGUUUUACGCCAUUCCCGACGGAGCGGACAGAGCCGGCGGAAAAGGCCGCCCCCGUGAUCGUCUGUUAG